AUGAGAACCUUUCAGAAGAACAACCAUCUCUGCAGAACUCCACCAGACCUCUAUGGUAGAGUGGCCAGACGCAAGCCACUCAGUAAACGGCACAUGAAAGCCCACCUGAAGUUUGCCAAAAGGCACCUGAAGGACUCCCAGACCAUGAGAGACAAAAUUCUCUGUUGUUUUGUGGAUGCUCGCUUGGAUAUUUUAUUGGCACUGACGGAAUUGAAUCCUGCACAUAAUGGGGACUUCAAAGUCUCUGUUAUUGACUUGGUGUCUGCUACUCUUGGUCAUGGUUCCCAGUACAGGGAUUGCCUUCUGUCUUACAAGUCCAUCAAAACAUCUAAAGCUGUUUUUGAAAGAUGUGUACAAAUUGAUAAACUUUACAAUUUUACAGGCAAAGGUGCGACAACUACUGAAGCUACUACUACAGCGACAACUACUGAAGCUACUACUACAGCAGCUACAACUGCAGCGCCAGUUACUACCACUGCAGCUCUGACUACCACUGAAAUACCAACUACUACUAUUGCUCCUACUACUGCAGUGUCAGCCACACUGGAAACUACUACUUUGGCACCAACAAGUACUGAACCCCCCACUACUACAAAUCUGCCAACUACCACACCGGAAACUACUACUUUGGCACCAACAAGUACUACUGAACCCUCCACUACUACAAUUCUGCCAACUACCACACAGCAAACUACUACAUUAGCACCAAGUACUACUGAAACCCCCACUACUACAACGCUUCCAACUACCACACAGCAAACUACUACUUUGGCACCAACAAGUACUACUGAACCCCCCACUACUACAGUUCUGCCAACUACCACACAGCAAACUACUACUUUGGCACCAACAAGUACUACCGAACCCCCCACUACUACAAUGCUGCCAACUACCACACAGCAAACUACUACUUUGGCACCAAGUACUACUGAAUCCGCUACUACUACAAUGCUGCCAACUACCACACAGCAAACUACUACUUUAGCACAAACAAGUACUACUGAAUCCCCUACUACUACAAUGCUGCCAACUACCACACAGCAAACUACUACUUUGGCAUCAACAAGUACUACCGAAUCCCCCACUACUACAAUGCUGCCAACUACCACACAGCAAACUACUACUUUGGCACCAAGUACUACUGAACCCCCCACUACUACAACGCUUCCAACUACCACACAGCAAACUACUACUUUGGCACCAACAAGUACUACUGAACUCCCUACUACUACAAUUCUGCCAACUACCACACAGCAAACUACUACUUUGGCACCAACAAGUACUACCGAACCCCCCACUACUACAAUGCUGCCAACUACCACACAGCAAACUACUACUUUGGCACCAAGUACUACUGAAUCCCCUACUACUACAAUGCUGCCAACUACCACACAGCAAACUACUACUUUAGCACCAACAAGUACUACUGAAUCUCCUACUACUACAAUUCUGCCAACUAUCACACAGCAAACUACUACUUUGGCAUCAACAAGUACUACUGAAUCCCCUACUACUACUACAAUGCUGCCAACUACCACACAGCAAACUACUACUUUGGCACCAAGUACUACUGAACCCCCUACUACUACAAUGCUGCAAACUACCACACAGCAAACUACUACUUUGGCACCAACAAGUACUACUGAAGCCCCAACAACCACGCCAACUCCUACUACUACUACAGCACCAACUACUACUGUUGCUUUUACUACUACUGCAGUGCCAACCAGUACUGAAUCCCCUAGUACUACAAUACUACCAAUUUCUGUAGCUCUUCUAACAACUACAACACCAACUACUUCUGUUGUUGCCACAACUACUGCACUGCAAACUAGUACUGAAACACUUACCACUACAAUUCUGCCAACCACCGCACAGCAAACUACUACUUUGGCCUCAACAAGUACUACUAAAGCCCCAACUACUAUUCCUACUACAACAACACCAACUACUACUGUUUCUUCUACUUCUUCAGUGUUAGCCAGUACUGAACCCCCUACUACUACAAUGCUGCCAACUACCACACAGCAAACUACUACCUUGGCACCAACAAGUACUACUGAAGCCCCAACAACCACACCAACUCCUACUACAACAAGUACUACUGAAGCAUCAACUACCAUGGCAACUCCUACUACUACCACAACAACUACAACUAUCCUUCCAACUACUGCUGCAGUGCCAACCAGUACUGAAACACUCACUACUACAAUUCCAACAAGUACCACACAGCAAACUACUUCUGUGAUUUCAACCUCUACUACUACUAAAGCCUUGACUACUACAACAGCUCCUACUACUACUACAAUACCAACUCCUACUACUAUUCCAACUACAACUUCAACAACCACUACAGCAGAGUCUACUACAUCACAAACUAAUACUGUAGCCCCAAGUACUACAGCAAAUCCUACUUCUACUGCAGUUUCAACAACUGCUGAAGCCCUAACUACUACAACAUUGCCAACUACCAGUAUAACUGGUCUUUCUACUCCUUUGGCUUCAUCUACUACUUCUACUGUCACUACAACUUUAGCACCAACUACUACUGCAGGUACAACUUCUACUGCAUCAACUGCUAAUGCAGCAGCUACAACAACAGCAACUCCAAUUAGUACUACUACUUCAACAACCACUACAUCAACUACUACUGAAUCUCCAACUACUACUGCAGUUCCCUCUUCCACAACAGUUUUAACUACAAUUGUUGUCCCUACCACUACUGCAACAUCACCAACUACCACUUUAACUGUUACCACUACUCCUUUGGCUUCAUCUACUCCUUCUACCUCUACUACACCUUCAUCACCAACUAAUACUGCAGAAACAACUUCUGUUGCUUUAACUACUUCUGCAAUUUCUGCAACUACCAGUACAUUAGUAACUACUACUACUGCAGUUUCAACCAGCACUGAAUCCCUAACUACUACAACACCACCAACUACUAUUAUAACUGCUACUACCACUCCUUUUAUUUCAACUACUUCCACUGCUUUUACAACCACUUCAGCACCAACUACUACUGCAGGUAUAACAUCUGCUGCUUCAACUACAUCUGCAGCUACAACAACAGCAACUCCAAUUAGUACCACAACUUCAACAACCACUACAUCAGCUACUACUGAGUUUCCAACUACUACUUCAGUUCCCUCUUCCACAACAGUAUUAACUACAACUGUUAUGCCUACCACUACUGCAAUACCAACCACCACUGCAGGCCUAACUACUACAACACCACCAACUACCACAUUAACUGUUACCACUACUAAUUUGGCUUCAUCUACUACUUCUAACCCCACUACAACCUCUGCACCAACUACUACUACAGAAACAACUUCUGUUGCUUUAACUACUUCUGCAAAUCCUGCAACUACAUUAACUCCAAUUAGUACUACAACCACUACAGCAGCAUCUACUACAGUCCCCACUACUCCAGCAAAUCCCACCUCCAGUACAUUAGUAACUACUACCACUGUCCCUACUACUACCACAGUUGGUGUAUCUACAUCAUCUACAACAUCCACAAGCUCUGGAGAUAAUGGAGGCUCUUCCUCUACUACAGCAACCACAACCACUGCAUCUACAACAACUACAACUUCUGGAACCACCAGUACUACAACUACGUCUCCUACCAGCGGACAAGCAAAUGGCGCUGCUGUAUUAUCUGACAGUACACAAUUACCAAUUUGGGCAAUUAUCUUGUUUGGUUUACUGGCUGCCGGAAUGCUGGUGGGAUUAUUACUUGGGCUUGCGGGUUGUGCUCAUUAUAUCAUAUACAGAGUGGGGAGCUACCCAAGCUACUCUACACACUAUGGACAGUGGAGUCCUUCAAAUCAACUAACAGACCCAGAAGGGGGAGUAAUACAACGGGAAAGAACUUGCUUUCCAAGACCAGAAGUCCAAAGAGAUGACAUUGAAAUGUAUGGAAGACCAAACCAGUGUGCCUAGACUACAAAGCACCCACCAACAACGCAGUUAUGUUUCUUACAAGAUAUUUAUUCUCAAAUGCAUGAACCUCUCAAUUGCAGACACAACCUUGUCUAGAGUACUGACACCCUAUGGGUUGGUACAGCUGAAAAUAAAAACAGAAGCUCAUUGGUUACCAGAUUUUGUACAUUCCUGUUUUAGUAAAUCAACCCCACUGUGUUUAUAAGAGGCUUGAUAAACCAGACUGGUCUGAAAGAACUGGGGUUGUAGCUUUUUAAAUGCUCUAGUUUGUUGACAGUGUGAGGAUGUUUUGAACUGCAUUACGUAAUAACUAUAGAAAUUAUUUACUGUAAUUUCUGUUAACCAAAUGUAGGAUGGUAACAAGACAGUUUUGCUGUGAUUUUUGACUUGACAGUACUUGAUAGUACUUCAAAAGGAACCAUUUUGAUCAGUCUAACCUGUAACCUCCGAACUGUAAACUAGACUUCUGGUUUGCAUACUAGGUUGAGGUCUGUGACUUUGGAAAAGGGAUCAGUGGAUCAGUGGCUUAUAGCAUAAGCAUGCAGUCAAAUGCAUUGCAAUUUAAUUAUAAUUAAAUAUUUUUAUGUUUAAAUGUGUUUAUAUUUAUUAGCCUUUUUAGAAGGAGCCAAUUUAUAACGCAGUUUAUAUAGCUGACAUACCACUGUGGUUGAAUGUAUUGCAAAUAAAUUAUGCUGAAUUAUUUAUAUGCUAAAUGUGUUCAUAUUUAUUAAACUAAGGGGUCUAUUUAUAAAGCAGUUGUAUGUCCUAACUAUUUAUUCAUACUCCUGCACAUGUAUAAAGCAUUGAUGUGUGUUUGUUAGAUGCAAGGACUCUGAAGAAGGUGAAGUCUCACUAUGAUAAAUGAAAAAAGUGUGCCAGGUGGCAGAGAAAACCUGACACGUUAUACCACCUAUCAGCAUAUGUUCUCCAAACAAAUAAAUGUAUUUAUUUAGACACUGGCCCAUAUUCUCUCUAAAAAUCCGCGGGCUGCGCUUAAGG